CAGAAUUACAGAUAAGCUUGAACUAAAUUCUAAAAAGAUUUCGUAAAUAAGUAAUUAAUACAAAUAUGUUUAUUUUAAUGUUUAAAACUAAUAAUUAUAUAAAAACUAAAUAAUGUUUUUCAAUAUUAAAUUAAAAAUUAUUGUGUGUAUUGUGCUUAUAAGAGUGGCAAAAGCUGUUUCGUACUCCGAGAUAUAUGGGGAUAUAUUUCCCAGCAGCUGGGAUUUGACUUUAUAUGAAAGUAUAUACGAUACGGAGAAUAAAUGUUUUGAGGAGAAACCAGCUUUUUAUUAUCAAACCAAAGAGUACUUGCCGGUACAGGGUAAUGGCUCCAGUCCCUUUUACCACCGUUUCGAAGUAUGCUGUGAAGGCUAUAAACGUUCACCGAGAGACUGGCAGAAAUGUAUACCCGACUGUAGCCGCACCUCUCCCGAUAAUUGUCGGAAUGGUUUUUGUCGUUCACCCGAAAACUGUGAAUGUUUUGAGGGUUUUGUUAAGAAUCGUGAGGGCAUUUGUAUACACACUUGUCCGAUUUCCUGUGAAAAUGGUCAGUGUUUAUUGGAUGGUACCUGCAUAUGUCAACCUGGUUAUGUAUUAGAUUCUGAGACUAGGAAAUUUUGUGUACCCGAUUGCUAUCACAUAGCCUGUGGACUACAUCAGCGUUGUAUAGCACCCGGGCAAUGUGUUUGCGAAAAGGGUUACAAAUGGUUAGAGGGUUUAGGCUGUCAACCGAUAUGUUUACCUCACUGUGGCCAUGGUCGUUGUGUAGCACCCGAUAAGUGUGAAUGUUUUGCGGGUUUUAUUAAAAGACCAGGAAAAAAUAUAUGUGAGGCGGAGUGUUAUAUCAACUGUCUAAAUGGUUUUUGCGAAUCGCGUUAUAAAUGCCAAUGUCAUGUGGGUUUUGCCUAUGAUAGCUUAACCUCUUCCUGUUUACCCGACUGUCAGGGUUUGUGUCAGCAUGGUGUGUGCAUAGCUCCCGGUGUUUGUAAAUGUUUUGAGGGUUAUAACUUACAGGAUAAUGUCUGCAAGCCCAUAUGUGAAAAAGGUUGCGGCCCUUAUGGUAAAUGUAUAGCCCCCAAUAAAUGUGCCUGUGGUACAGGUCUUCAGCUAUGUUUAUCUGGUUCCUGCAAUUCCUCUGGUCGUUGUGUUUGUCCUGCUGGCUUGUCUCAUUUCAUUGAUCAAUGUUUGUUUUCUUCAUCUCUAGUUAAUUCGAUUUAUAGUUACAGUCAGCGCGAGUUCUAUAAUAAACAAUUAAAUUAUGAAUUUAACGCUUUAAUUGGUAGACUAUUUAAAUUCUAAAUAAAACCGAAAUUUUAGCAAUAA